CUUUUGUUUAAAAAGAAGAAAAGAGGAAGAACAAAAAAAACACGAACAGUGAUUCAUAACGUCGCGAUCUGUGGUACGCACCACGCGACGUCAGCCGAUCGAUUUGUGAUUCGAAAGGAUAGUAUUUUAGAUUCAUUCAAAUACAAUAAGUACAAGUGCGGGUAGCUGGAAUUAAUGCAAGAAUAACGUGAUGCCUCAGAUUUAUUUUGAUAUCACAGCAAAGCCUUGGUUUACCAGCCAAAAUAUAUCCGGACUGAUUUUUUCAAAAAUUUUCACAACAAGAACCUCGCCAUUACUUCAUUGAAUACGACACUUAGACCAAAAAAAUGAGCACUGACGACCACCGUUUACUCAUUGUGCCGGACGAGGAAGCUACAACUAGGAAACAUAAAAACAGGCCAUGCCCGCGGAUCCUGCUGUCGAGCGGGGUCUCGAAUGUUGAUUGGAUGGCGGGCGGGAAGAGGGUGAGUGGCGGUUGGGCGCCGGACAUCUUCACGUGCCUCGUCGAGAUGCGCUGGUGGUGGCUCCACGGCGUCUUCUUCCUGGCCUUCGUCGUCUCCUGGUUCGUCUUCGCCCUCUUCUGGUGGGCCAUCGCCUAUGCCCACGGCGACCUCCUCGACCUCCAUGACCCGCAAUCGGACGUGGAACCAUGCGUUACAGAGCUGAACGAUUUCAUCUCCGCUUUCAUGUUUUCCUUGGAAACUCAGUACACGACAGGAUACGGUACUCGAUCUCCAACGACCGAAUGUCCGGAGGCUAUUUUCCUCCUUUCAUUCCAAAGCAUUUUUGGACUUCUUCUACAGGCUGUUCUCACCGGAGUCAUUUUCGCCAAACUCACGAGACCUAAAUGUCGCACGCAAACAAUUGUUUUCAGUCGGAAUGCUACAGUGUCGCUACAGGACGAUGGAUACUUGCGCCUCAUGUUUCGUGUUGGUGACCCCUGCAGCUCAGUUUCCCAUGUUGGUAUCGCUAGAGCAACUGCCUGGAUUGCUAGAUUUGAGACCAACUCCAAGCGUAAAUCUUUCAUGACCGAUCGAAAAGAGCUAAAACUUAACGGGGCAUGUUUUUUAUUCUACCCGACACUGAUAGAGCACAGAAUUGACGAAGACAGCCCACUUUUCGACAUGUCGGCAUUGGACUUCUUGCAUUCUCAGUUUGAGAUUUUGAUAUCCCUUGAGGGUGUUGUGGAGACAACGGGGCAGAACACGGAAGUGCGAAAAUCAUACUUAUCGUCUGAAAUAUUGUGGGGACAUCAGUUCCGAGAGGUAGUCAAGAGAAGUUCCUCAGGAUUUGUGGUCAAUAUGGACAAAUUUCAUUACACUUACGUCAUCGACACACCUUUGUGCAGUGCGCGACAGUUGAAAGAACUAGUCAAGAUACAGUGAAAUACCUAGCAGAUUAAUGCAAGAGAGAAAAGGUGAUUUAAACCAGGUAUUUCCACAGAAUUUAAGAAAUGAUUUUCCACAGCAUAUUUUGGUAAAUUCUAUAACAAUUGAAGAUUUACCAUGAAGUUAAGAAGACAUACUUUGAAAUAACUGUUGGGCAAAAUUUGUUGUUCGAAACGUUGAACCACACCACAAAGCAAAUAAAAGUGACUUAACAAUUGAGGCGCUGGAUGCAAAAGGCACUGUUUGCAGUGUUUCAGAGUCUCCUCUAAUAUUUCAUUCAUUGUAAGGAAAGUGAAUGCGUCCAUUUCACUAAAACUUGUACUGAGUAUUCCUCGUGCUUCUACAAUUUCCUAUGGAAAGAAUUCUGGAAAAAUCACCCAUUAAAUUCUUCUCCAAGGGAUUAAUUAGCAACUGAAGAUUCUGAAACACUGCAAUCCAGAAGUGCCUUUUCAUCAUCCAGAGCCUCAAUUCUUCCCCUGACUGUGGCAAUCCUAUUUGAAGAUUUGAUGGUCCAUAGAAUUUUUUUUUAUUUACUUGUAAAUUGAAACUAAAAUGUUUGCUUCAAUUAGAUCCACUCUGCGUUCGUUAAACACCUCCUAGAUUCUCCGGCUUCUUACUUAUUAACUCAGGGAUGCAGAAACUACCUAACCACACUAUUGCCCUCAGCUUUGGUCAAGUGAAAGGGAUUCUCCAAGUAUUUCCAAAAAUAUUUUUAGCUUUUCAGCGGUGGAGAGCCUCAGUUUCUUUUUGAGGAGGAAAAGGGGGAAUGCUUAAUAUUAAGCCUCUAGAGGAAUGAUUAAUGAGUACCUAGUGGUCAAAAUUGGGGAAAAACUUGGAACUUUCUGCAUACCUGUCAUACCUCCAGAAAUUGUUACCACAGAAGGAAAAUGUUCACAAGGAAAAAGAGAGGGGUAGUUGGAUAAGAGUUGGCAAAACCUUGCUUCUAAUUUGAUGAUUUUUAGAAUAUAAAUUGCUGGAGUGUGGUUAUGCUGUGUGACGUCACAAUACUCAUUGGUUAUUUCAAAUGACUGAAAGACUUGCAGUUGAAAUGAAUUAACAUUGCAGCAUUAAUCGAAAAAAUUGGUCUUUAAAUUCUGAAAAGCCUAGUCUUUCAAAAUUUCUAAGGAAGUAACCCUAUCUCUUCCCUGAAAAUUGCCACUUCAUGUACAAUAAUCGACUCAUUUAAGCUACAUCAAAAUUAAACGGUAAUUCACAAUUCCUGAAUUUGGUUUGUUAAAUUGUCAGAGGCCGAGAGAAAAAAUUUCAUUAUGCCUGACUCCAGAAACUUUUUUGGUGCAAAGAGGGAAAAAAUUAAAAUACUUAGCAAGCAGAUUUCAGCGGUGUUUUAUUGGAUUCAUCAAAUGAAAGAAGUUCAGACAAGAACAAAAUUCAAAAAUAUUCAAUAGCAUUAAGUCCGUAAAACUUAAAUAUAAAAUAUCCUG